AUGGCUUCUGCCGACGUGUUCGGAGAUCUUACGGUGCAGGUGUUGAGAGGGAUAAACCUCCAGAACCUUAAGGCGUUCGGUACCUGCAACCCUUACGUGCUGUUGAAGAUGACGUCAUCUCCCGAAACCAAGACCACUGGCGUACGGGAAAGCGACGCGAAUCCCAGCUGGCACGAGACUUUCAUAUUCCGCAACGUUGCCAGCACCGAUGCUCUCCAGAUAAGCCUGAUGGAAAAGGAAGGGUCUAGAGAAGGAGUGGUGAGCGUGAGGGGGGGGGUGCGAGCGACAGAGUGGGGAUUUCCAGGGGUUGGCGGCGGGGAGAGGGUGCUGGAGGUGACUAUGCCAUGCACCACUGACACCACGGGUGUGCCCAACAUGGGCACGGUCGUACUGAAGCUGCAGUACCGCGCUCAGCUAAAGUUCCGCGCACCGUUUGGAGUGAUCAAGACCGCCGCAGCGAAGACCGCAAUCCUCACCGACAAGGCGAAGAUCGACGUGGUGGUGGACAAAGUGAUGAACGUCCUAUUCAAGCCCGUUGCCAUGGCCGAAGGAGUUGCCAAGCGUCUCACCAAGGCCCAGAAGAUCAUUUACGGGGGAAGCGCGGCGGCGGUUUCGAGCGCUGUUGGCGGAGGGGCUUCCAUGACCUUGCUGGCGUUGGCCGUGCCGGUGUUGUUCAUGGCCCUGCUGUUUCUACCGCUCACGCUCAUGGGAGGGUUUUUCCUCGCCGUGGCUAUGCUGGUCAUCAUGCCGUGUGUGCUGGCUCUGGGGUGGGUGGUCCUGUGCUCCCGGCCGGUCCAGUGCCGCGUGUGGAUGCCGUGGUUGUUCUGGGCCAUGUGCAAGUCUCCUAUCCUUCACAAGGCCCUGUUGCAGCCCCCGCCUCACUCACCCUCCGGAACGCAGCAAUAGACUGUAGUAAAUGGUGAGAGGCACAAAACGCGGCUGGCUGCGGUAGAAUGCGCGUGCCAACGUUUUGCGCUUGAAAAUGGUGGGCUAUAGGCAAGUAGGAGGCAAGAGUGGGGUGUUGGUUCAUAGCCGGCCGAGAUUUUGUGGGUUAUGUAUGCGGCGAAGGGGGCAUCGGGUGGAGUGCAGGUACUGCUGUGCAAAGUUUUCUUGGUACGUGGUGUUGGUAUUGAUGUGUCGUACAAGUUUGUACGAAGAAAUCAUUUUGAUUGCACGGACUCCGGCGAUUGGAUAUUUAUUUGCGUUUUGUGCAGCAGGCAAAAGGGUGUACAAUCUUAACUUUGUUUUACUGUAGGUGUGUUUGCAACACGACACGGAAUGCGCGUGGAUGCGCCCAAACCGAGUUAGAAAACACUCUGGGAUGUUUUUCGUGAUUUUGGUGGAGCACGUUGGUUGAUUGUGUGGUGUGAUGUGUUGGUUUUUCCUUUUGUUGGUUCUUUCACUAAUGAAGUCAUUUUUUGCUGCAAUGAAGUGGUGGUGGACAAGUGUUGGCCGGAUUCGGUGAAAAUUAUCCCUUGUUCUGUGCGC